UAUAAAGGCAGUGGGGGUUAUUGUGGUGCGUACCGUGGUAAUGUGUGUCGGGACAUGUUAAGGAGCGAUGCCCUGGUCUUCUUUAACUCCUCCCUCAAUGACCCCGAGGACACACAGGAGUUCAUGGUUCAGAGCGCCUGGGCGGAUCUCGACAGACUGGGCAUGCUCUGUAGCCCUGCCGCCCACUCCCUGCUCUGUCAUCUCUCCUUCCAGGACUGCAUCCCUUCUGGCCUGGGACCUGUUCCUAAACCAAUCUGCAGGGAGCACUGUCUGGCAGUGAAGGAGCUCUACUGUCGUAAGGAGUGGCCCCUGAUGGUAGGGAACUCCCAUAAAGGCCAGUACUCCUCUGGCUCCUCCGGCCUCUCUAUCCCCAUGCCUGACUGUAUGGCUCUGCCCUCACAACACACAACACCAGGAGCCUGCACACCCAUCCCCUUUGUCGAUAUAAAGAAAGAUCAAGUCACAACAACGUGUUACAAUGACAAAGGAAGGUUCUACCAAGGACCAGUCAACAUCACCAGCUCUGGUAUCCCCUGUCAGAAAUGGAGCCAACAGGGUCCCCACCUGCACCGUCUCAGUGUGGAUGUAUUAUCAGAGCUGAGGAACGCACAGAGCUCGUGCCGGAACCCCGGAGGAGAAAAUGAGAAGCCCUGGUGUUAUACAACCAACCCCAACAUCCGCUGGGAAUACUGCAACAUUCCCAAAUGUGGAGAAGUGGUAGUGAAGACGGAGUCAUCGUUCCCUCGCCAGAAUCCUCCCCUCCUCCCUCCCUCCGUCUCUCCGGCCUACUCUAUGAUCAUCAUCAUCAGUCUACUAGCAGCCUUCGCAGCCAUAGCGUUCCUCAUCAUCAUCAUGUGCAAGAGGAGGAGGAAGACAUGGAAGAACCACAAGACAGCCAUGGAGACCCCCACCCUGACUGCCUUACCCUCUGAGAGUCUGCUGCUGGAUCGCCUCCACCCCAACCCCAUGUACCAGCGCCUGCCCCUACUGCUUAACUCCAAGCUGCUGGCUCUAGAGUAUCCCAGGAACAACAUUGAGUAUGUCAGGGACAUCGGAGAGGGGGCCUUCGGACGGGUCUUCCAGGCCAGAGCCCCAGGUCUCCAGCCCAUUAAGCCCUUCACCAUGGUAGCAGUGAAGAUGCUGAAGGAAGAAGCAUCUGCUGACAUGCAGAACGACUUUCAGAGAGAAGCCGCUCUCAUGGCUGAGUUUGACCACCCCAACAUCGUCAGGCUGCUAGGUGUGUGUGCGGUGGGGAAGCCCAUGUGUCUGAUGUUUGAGUACAUGUCUUACGGAGACCUGAACGAGUACCUGCGCCGCCGUAGUCCCACCCAGCAACACAGCCUGAGCCAGGCCAGCCUAUCAGGACGCAGCUUCUCCUCUGAACUGGAGUUGGGGCCACUGUGCUGCGAAGAACAGCUGUUCAUAUCAAAGCAGGUUGCGGCGGGCAUGGCAUACCUAUCGGAACGGAAGUUCGUCCACCGCGACCUGGCCACCCGGAACUGCCUCGUAGGAGAGGAGAUGGUGGUUAAGAUCGCCGACUUCGGUUUAUCCAGAAACAUCUACUCUGCUGACUACUACAAGGCCAAUGAGAACGAUGCUAUCCCCAUCCGCUGGAUGCCCCCGGAGUCCAUCUUCUACAACCGUUACACCACGGAGUCGGACGUGUGGGCCUACGGGGUCCUUCUCUGGGAGAUCUUCUCCCACGGCAUGCAGCCGUACUACGGCAUGGCCCAUGAAGAGGUCAUCUACUACGUUAGAGAUGGCCACAUCUUGGCCUGCCCUGAGAACUGUCCUGUAGAACUGUUCAAUCUGAUGAGACUGUGUUGGAGCGGACACCCCACAGACAGACCCAGCUUCAGUAGUAUCCAUCGUAUCCUGGAACGGAUUCACGAGCAGACGCUGAGACCGGCCAUGCCGACGCCAGAGUUAAGGCCCACUCUAUCCACCCUGCCAACCUUGCCUGCCUUGCCUAACCUAUCUCCCUUUUCCCCCCACCCUGCCCUGUGCCCUGUGCCCGGGGCCGUAGCCAAUUGAUUGAAACGGCAAGCUGCCAGGCAUUUACUCAAAUGUACAGUCAUUAGUGAUUUUAAUAGAUCCUGUCCCUCCCCAGAGCAAAAAUCUCUGGAUCCUGUGUCGUCUCAGACUCAAAUAAUGUUGGUCAGGACAGGGGGCAUCAUUGUUCAUAUCCACUGAUUCAUGGUGAAGAAGACCAGCGAUAGUAGAAAUGAAUGUUGUUGGUCAGGACAGGGGCAGCAGACUGAUGAAAUGACAUGAACUAAGUAUAGUGCCAAGACAACUGGAUAUUUAGGAGAGGCUGAUAUCGGAGAAGAAGUCGUGGCGGAUGACAGAGGUUAGAGAGCUAAUGUACAGAUAGUACAGUCAAUUCAUUCAGUACUUAACUAGUACAGUCAAUUCAUACAGUACUUAACUAGUACAGUCAAUUCAUUCAGUACAUAACUAGUACAGUCAAUUCAUUCAGUACAACUAGUACAGUCAAUUCAUUCAGUACUUAACUAGUACAGUCAAUUCAUUCAGUACUUAACUAGUACAGUCAAUUCAUUCAGUACUUAACUAGUACAGUCAAUUCAUACAGUACUUAACUAGUACAGUCAAUUCAUUCAGUACUUCACUAGUACAUCAUUUAAGCAUACUGACAAUAUGCCAUCAAAUAGGCUCAGCAUAUUCCAGCAGCGAUAUUUAUAUAUAUAUGUACUGUAGGUUUAGCUUAUUUUUAGACAAAUAGCUAUUCCACUUUUGGGCAUUCUCAUUAUGUUGUACUAUUGGUCCUUUUUUAAUCUUGUAUACUUUAUCGACACAUUUAGAUAGAAUGAUUCUUAUAGACUUGAGCACAGCUUUUUGUGUUGACUGGGUAGUGGUCAUUCUAGGUUAACAACGGUCAGUUUGAAAUGCAUUGCAACAAAUGUCUUCUAAUAAGCUGUUUGAAUUCUUAUGUGAAUUUCUGGAGAUUUGUUGGAUGUUGUGUUGGUUGUGGUGUUGAGUUGGAUAUUGGUUUGUGAAGAGUGUCAAUUAUUAUUUUAAGUUAAAUUAAACGUGUGUGAUCAUCAGCACAACAUUGAUUUAUAUAUAUGAUCAAUUAACUAAAAUGUUUUAGACCCCUUGUGACCUUUUUAAAAUGUGUGGUUCGAUACCGAUUGUUUCAAUAGAACCGUUUUUGCUCAUCUCACAUAAACAAUGAUCCAUAAGCCCAUGUAGUGUAGACACAUCAACCCUUUACUAGCAGUAUAAAGAACCCUUAUUUCUGAGACUGUGUGUCCCAAAUGUCACGUUAUUCCCUACGUAGUGCACUGGAUAGGGAAUGGGGUAUAAUUUGAUUCCCUGCAUAGUGCACUGAAUAGGGAAUGAGGUGUAAUUUGAUUUCCUACAUAGUUCACUGAAUAGGGGAUGAAUAGGGGAUGAGGUGUAAUUUGAUUGCCUAGUAAAUCAUAAUUGUUGUAUCGGUCAACAUGUUUGUUACAGAUCUUGUAUGAUAGAUGGCACUGUUUCACCACAAUCACCCUCAGUUCAAUAAACCUUUGGUCCA